CGUAACUUGACUUUGUGUUAAUGCUGCAGCCUCUCAUCUCCACCAACAUGGACGAACACACUUUAAAACAGCUUGUGAAGCUCACUCAGGAGGGACAAUUAAGCUCUCUGCAGAAACACAUCACACCGGGAGGAGGAUCGACGGCGGCUCAAACCGUCUGUGGUAAACACUUUGGCCGGUCAGGGGAUACCUUGCUUCACUACGCCUGCAGACACGGACACCUGGACGUGGUGGAGUACCUCGUGAAGCAGGUAGGCAUGGAUGUGGAGGUGUGCAACAACGACUACAAGAGGCCGCUGCAUGAAGCUGCGUCCAUGAGCCACCAGGAGUGUGUUAGCUACCUGCUAAGGGAAGGAGCCAAGGUGGACAGUCUGAAGAAAGCGGACUGGACUCCUCUGAUGAUGGCCUGCACUCGCAGAAACCUCCACGUGAUCCAGGAGCUUCUUUGCCACGGUGCCGACCCGUCACUGAGGAACAAGGACGGCUGGAACUCCUUCCACAUCGCAUGCAGGGAGGGCGAUCCUCUGAUCGUGCGGCACCUGCUUGAGAUUGCAGCAGACGUCUGGAGGACGAAGAGCAAGACGCACAGGACGCCGCUUCACACUGCAGCGAUGCACGGCUGUGAAGAAGUUGUUCAGAUUUUACUCGAGAGAUGUGUCUACACCCCAGAUGGCCACGACAGCUGUGGAGUCACGCCUUUCAUGGAUGCCGUCAGGAAUGGACACAUCUCGUUGGCGAGGCUUCUUUUAGACAAGCACCAGGCGUCUCCGACAGCAGCUGACACACUCGGGGCUCAGCCAUUGCAUCAGGUUGCUGUCACCGGCCAGGAGGAGGCGCUGCGGUUCCUGGUGCGGGACCUGAAUGUCGACGUGAACCGGAGAGCGACUAACAUCCAUCUCACCGCUCUGCAUUACGCUGCAAAGGAGGGUCACACGUCCACGAUUAAAACCCUUCUGGAGUUGGGAGCAGAUCUUUGUGUCCGUGACAACAAAGGACGAACAGCUCUUCAUAUGGCGUCCAUCGGGCAGCGCGACGCAGCCAGAACUCUCCUGCAGCUCGGACUCAGAGACUCCGAGGACUUAUCUGGCACCAGAGCGAGACAGUUUGCCAGGAGACCAGAUGUAGUACGAGUGUUUGAAUGCGAGCCACCUGACACAUUGUAAAUUUUGCCACAGUGAUGCCGAGCACAGAUGUGCAAUUAAUUCUGUGCAGUUUAAUGUUACUGGAAUCAAACAAGCUGGAUUUAGUGGAUUACAAUAAACCUCCACUUGUAUGUAUGUGUUUUCAGUGACACAUUUUGAGUCUUAGGACAUUGUCUUCCGUCUAAAUGGUGCGUUCCAUUUGAUCUCAGAAGUUGGAAAUUCCAAGUUGCCGGUUAUGGUAAAUAGUAAAUGGACUUUUACAAUGAAUGUCACAGCUACAUAUUCAUGCAUACAACAUUCAGCCAUGUUGGAUUUUAACUCAGACUACUGAAGUUUCAGAGAUUCUGAGAUGGAAUUCUGACUUCAGGGAACAUUACUGUUGUGGCUUUGGCUCAGUUGGUAGAGUCGGUCAUCUCUCACCCAGAAGGUCAGGGUUCAAUCCUCAUCUCCGGCAGCAACAUGUCCAAUGUGUUCCUGGGCAAGACACUUAACACCAAGUUGCCAAAGCUGCUUUGUCUGCAGCGUAUGGAUGUGUGUGGAUUGACUAGUUAAAACUGAUGAUGGACUCUUUACUCAGCAGCUCUACCAUCAGUGUGUGAAUGUGUAGGUGUGACCUGUGAUGUAAAAGAUCUUUUAGUAGUCAGAAGGCUAGAACAGCACUAUACAAGCUCAAGUCCAUUUAGCAUUUACCCAUCUGUGCAGGAGUUUCCCUGACUGUAUUUUCCUUUUGUUAGCACAGUCCCUGGAUGUCUGGCACAAAACUAAGAUUGAAACAUCAGCUCUGAGUUUUCUGUUUUGUUUAUUGUCAUUUUAUUUUUCUAGCAUUGUGGAUUAUAUCAGCCUACAUUGAAAUACACCAGAUCUGUGUUGACAGGCAUUAUCUACAUUAUGUACCAUUAUUUACAGUUCUUUUUU